CUCCUCCUCCCUGUUCUAAGCCCGGCUUCUCCGGUUCCUCUGCUCGUUUCCUGCGCGGCGGCGACGGCGGCGGCGACGGCGGCGAGAGGAGGGAAGAAGAGGAGAGCGGGGAAGAUGCAGGCGUGCGCGAGGGCGGCGGGGGAGAGGCUCCCGCUGGUUCGCGCCCCCGCCAGGCAGCCGCUGGCUCAGAGCUUUGUUAAGGUCAGCAGACUAUCUUCUCUGCAUGAGACAAAUCGUGUAGUGUCCUGCUCAGCGAGGGUGUCAGAAAAUAUUUCACACAAAAUAGAAGCCAGCAUGGAUCAUAUUCUUCCAGCAUCGCAAGAUCAUGUCGUGAAAGCAAUCGACGCAAUUAAUGGGGGGCAAGUGAUUGCGGUGCCCACCGAUACAAUAUACGGGUUUGCUUGUGAUGCAUGUUCUGCAGAAGCGGUCAAUCGGAUAUAUGAAAUCAAAGGGCGCAUACAUACACGCCCUCUGGCCAUCUGUGUUGCUGAUGUCCCAGAAAUAUCACGGUUUGCCAUGGUGGAUCACUUGCCCCAUGGGUUGCUUCAUAAUCUUCUUCCUGGGCCUGUCACUGUUGUUUUAAAGCGAGGUGAGAACAGUAUACUGGAGAGAUCACUUAAUCCUGGUCUGGACAGCAUUGGAGUACGUGUGCCAAAAUUGGAUUUCAUACGAUCCAUUGCUCGUGGUGCUGGAAGUGCACUUGCACUUACAAGCGCCAACUUAAGUGGUCGUCCUAGUAGCGUCGGUGUCAAGGAUUUCGGGGAUCUAUGGCCACACUGUUCGUAUGUCUUUGAUGGUGGUAUGCUUCCUUCUGGACGUGCUGGUUCAACAAUUGUUGACCUAAUAACACCAGGAGUCUACAAGAUAUUGAGAGAUGGAAGUUCGAGGGAGGAAACAACGGCUAUCCUUGGAAAUUUUGGCUUUGUUGAAGCUUCAUAGCAGCUGGUACCUUCAUACUCAUCUCCUGUUUAAUUAGGUUGUAGCAGAGUAUGCGAUGUUCUUUGUAAUAUACUCUUGUGUCACUGUAACUUUUUGGUUGAAGCAUUAGUUUCUUUGCUUGUAACAAUAUCCACGACAAUGCCCUUACAGACUUGCAAUCUACUGUAACCUUCAGUUGGUACAGUUCAUUCUAAUAUACGUAGUAGAUUACAGUGGCACUCGUAUGCAAGCUACAGGAAAGUGAUCUUGAUUGAGAACCUGAGAUGGAUUCUAUGUAGACAGUGAGGGACAUGUUAACUAUUUUGUGUAACAUAUUGUAAUGAUGCGAUGUCUUCAACAGUAUAACAGCAGAGUUGAUGUUAUUUGUUUGGAACGCAACAUGGAUUUCAUUUAAGUUUCUUA